UUUUAAACAACGCAAGUCUUACUCACCUGCUUAUUUCCCAUUUCGAGCGCCACACAGCACACUUCCUCCAAACUCUCAACAAUGGCCGCCGCCUCCUCCGUCGCUACCACUGCCAAGUCAGCACUCUCCACGCCAUCACUCUCACCGUCAUCAUCACUUAAACAUAACCCCUCAAGAUCCACUUUAGGGUUUAUAUCCACAUCAUCGCCAACCUUAAAGUCGCUGGUUUCUCGUGUUCAUACUAAACAAAAUGUCCCGCUAAAUCAAAGAUCAUCAUCGCUUUCAGUUAAAAUGGUUUCAAGUCCUUCUAUUGCUCCUACGACGUCGCUUGAUUUUGACACCUCUGUUUUCAAGAAAGAAAAGAUCACUUUAGCUGGUCAUGAUGAAUAUAUUGUGAGAGGAGGGAGAGACUUGUUUCCUUUGUUGCCUGAUGCUUUUAAAGGGAUUAAGCAGAUUGGUGUCAUUGGCUGGGGAUCUCAGGGGCCAGCUCAAGCUCAGAAUUUGAGGGAUUCUCUUGCUGAUGCAAAAUCUGAUAUUGUUGUAAAGAUUGGGCUGAGGAAGGGCUCCCGCUCUUUUGCCGAAGCUCGUGCUGCAGGGUUCACUGAGGAGAACGGAACUUUGGGGGACAUAUGGGAAACCAUUGCUGGCAGUGAUCUUGUCUUGUUAUUGAUUUCUGAUGCUGCACAGGCAGAUAACAAUGAAAAGAUAUUCUCCCACAUGAAACCAAACAGCAUCCUUGGGCUUUCCCAUGGUUUUCUUCUGGGACAUUUACAAUCUUUGGGGCUUGACUUUCCUAAGAACAUAAGUGUUAUUGCUGUUUGCCCCAAGGGGAUGGGGCCUUCUGUAAGGAGGCUUUAUGUUCAGGGAAAAGAAAUAAAUGGAGCCGGAAUUAAUUCCAGUUUUGCUGUCCACCAGGAUGUUGAUGGUAGAGCUACAGAUGUUGCCUUGGGAUGGUCAGUUGCUCUGGGGUCUCCAUUUACAUUUGCCACCACACUGGAGCAGGAGUAUAGGAGUGACAUUUUUGGGGAGCGUGGCAUACUACUUGGUGCUGUUCAUGGAGUUGUUGAGUGCUUAUUCAGAAGGUACACUGAGAGUGGAAUGAGUGAAGAUUUAGCUUACAAGAAUACUGUUGAAUGCAUUACAGGAAUUGUAUCAAAAACCAUUUCAACUAAGGGCAUGUUGGCUGUUUACAAUGCAUUGUCAGAAGAGGGCAAAAGGGACUUUGAGACUGCAUAUAGUGCUUCCUACUAUCCUUGCAUGGACAUCCUUUAUGAGUGUUAUGAGGACGUUGCUAGUGGUAGUGAGAUUAGAAGUGUUGUUUUGGCUGGGCGUCGAUUCUAUGAAAAAGAGGGUUUACCAGCUUUCCCGAUGGGUAAGAUUGAUCAAACACGAAUGUGGAAAGUGGGUGAGCGUGUUCGAGCAGUAAGACCCAAUGGUGACUUGGGUCCUUUGUAUCCCUUCACUGCUGGAGUGUUUGUAGCACUAAUGAUGGCUCAGAUUGAGGUCUUGAGGAAGAAGGGGCACUCGUAUUCUGAGAUCAUCAAUGAGAGUUUGAUUGAAGCUGUGGAUUCACUGAAUCCGUUCAUGCAUGCUAGAGGUGUCUCGUUCAUGGUUGAUAACUGUUCAACCACUGCCCGAUUAGGAUCAAGAAAAUGGGCGCCACGCUUUGAUUACAUUCUUACCCAACAAGCCUUUGUAGCUGUGGAUGCAGGCACUUCCAUCAAUCAGGACCUUAUUAGCAACUUCAUGUCAGAUCCUGUUCAUGGGGCUAUUGAAGUAUGUGCUCAGUUGAGGCCAACUGUUGAUAUUUCAGUGCCUCCAGAUGCAGAUUUUGUUCGCCCAGAGUUGCGCCAAUCUGGAAACUAGAUAUGAAGAAGUUGAGCAUUACUAGGAUGCAUUUGAUUAAGAUGUUUCGAGGAUGGAAGAUUUCGUAGGAGUUGAGUUACUAGAAUGUUUCUAGUCGAAGCUUUAGGUCCUACGUGGAGUGUAGUUUACUGAGUAAUGGUGUUCUUUUUUUGUUUUAUUUAAAAGCCUUAGGUUUGAUCUCUUUUUGUUGAGUGUUGCAGAGACAUCAUAUGCCCCGUAUCCAAAUUUAGGUCGAGUCUGUUUAAGAACAAUUCUUCAUCUUCUCGCCUUUAGCGGCCAUGUUACAGAUCAACUGCAUAUGUUUAUGAAUUUACUCUUUUACGAACUUCUCUCUUGUCUUCUCACCUGUAGCCACCGUUCUGCAGACCAACUGCAUAUGUUUAUGAAUGUACUCUCUUUGUCAAAUAAAGCAGCUGUUUAGUCA